AACAACCCCAAAGCUUUCCUUUCCAUUUCAUUUAUAAACCUCUCUCCCUCUCACCACCACCAUUAUUCACUCCACUCUUCAAAUUCACAAAAUGAACAACCACCACAAUGGAGCCACCACCACCACCCUUUGCUUCUUCCUCCUCCUUGUUCUCAUCUCCCCCCUCACCAAAGCACAAUCAACAAACAACAACGAAAAUGAUCCCUACUACAACCGUGUGAGUCCUUCCCUGGCGAUCAUAAUCGUCAUCCUUAUCGCAGCUCUCUUCCUCAUGGGCUUCUUCUCUAUCUACAUCCGACACUGCUCCGACUCCCCCUCAGCCAGCAUCCGCAACCUCACCGGCGCUGCCGGCCGUUCCCGCCGCGGCGCGCGCGGCCUCGACCCUGCCGUCAUCGAAACAUUCCCCACCCUGGAAUACUCCGCGGUGAAGGAUCACAAAAUCGGAAAAGGCGCGCUAGAGUGCGCGGUUUGCCUCAACGAAUUCGAGGACACCGAAACGCUGCGUUUGAUCCCCAAGUGCGACCAUGUCUUCCACCCGGAGUGCAUCGACGAGUGGUUAUCCUCCCACUCCACCUGCCCUGUCUGCAGAGCUAAUCUCACUCCUCAGCCCGGCGAUUCAGUGCGCGGAGUUCCGGUUCUCGCCGCCGGCGAACCGGAAGACGUCGAGGCACAAAACGACGCUGUUCCGGAUCAGCAGCAACAAACUGCAGCAGAUGCUACGGCUGAACCGGAUGUGAAUUGCUUGAACCAGACGCUGAGCCGGAACAGAACCAAAGGAUCACGGUCUGGCCGGUCGAGGUGGUUUCCUCGAUCUCACUCGACAGGUCAUUCGUUGGUUCAACCAGGUGAGGACACCGAGCGGUUCACUCUGAGGCUGCCUGUGGAGGUGAGGGAACAGUUACUGAACCAGCAAUUGCAUCGGGCGAGGAGCUUGAUUAUCUUGCCUAGAGAAACUAGCUCACGGCGGGGAUAUCGAACCGGUGGCGGGGAGGGGAGUAGCAGGGGGAAGUCUUCUAGGCGGUUGGACCGGGGUUUUAAAUCAGACCGGUGGGUUUUCACCAUGGCGCCGCCGUUCCUAGUUAGAGCGUCGUCAAUUAGGUCCCCGAGGGUGGGUAAUAGCGCCGGUGAAGGAACAUCCGCUUCUACGCCGCCGCCACCGGUGGCGCGCCUUCCAGUUUAACCAGUCCUGCCUACCAACCCAAUCUACGUCGUCAUUGUAUUGAUUUUAUUUCAGUCCGCGAUUUUGGUUUCAUUCUAAGAUUGUUACGAUGUGUAUAAUGAAGCACAUUAGUAUUAGUAAUAUAGUAAAUUCUUAAUCAUGAUAAAAUGAUAAUCUCAUAAUAAUCAUGAUUUAAACUA